AUGUUUGGAUCAUCAUCAACAUCAAAUAACAACAACAACAAUUGGGCAGCAUCAACUGGCUUUGGAGCAACCACAGCAGCAAGAAGAGCAUCUAUAGGAGGACCACCACCAACAGGAACUACUAGUUCCUUAUUUGGAAAUUCAACCAAUAAUCCCACGAUAUCUACCAAUUCUGAUGCAGGAGGAUCACUUCCAAAGAGACAGAAUACAUCUGUGAGUGGUGGUGCGACGGGUGGAUUGUUUGGAAAUAGUUUGAGUAAUGGAUCUGCUCCAGCUUCAGGUGGUGGAUUGUUUGGAAAUAGUAAUACUUCUACAGGAGGAGGAGGAUUGUUUGGACAGACUGGAACGACAACUGGGACGAGUGGAGCUGCUGCACCUGCUACAUCCGGUGGAUUGUUUGGAAAUAGAUCUACAACUACUACUCAACCUAGUGGGGGAUUAUUUGGAAAUUCGGCAACUACUACUCAACCUACUUCAUUCUUUGGAGGGGGGUCUAAUCAAGCACCAGUAUCUAAUGGAGGAUUGUUUGGAAAACCACCUAGUGGUGGUUUAUCUGGGGGAUUGUUUGGAAAUCAACAACUGCAACAACAACAACCAUCGUUUAGCCAGCUCACGGUAAACAAUACCAAUGGUAUAUCAAUAGUAGUUCAAAAUAGGUUAGAUGUUCGUAGAAAAAGACGGUUUUCAUAUUUAGAACCCGAGAAACAAAAACCAACCAAGUCUUCAUUAUUAAGUAAAUUAGGUCAAACUUUUAGAUUUAUUAGAAAUGGAACUACUGGAUCUAGUUUACAAUCUAGCAUAAAAGGGUUAUUCACCCAAUCUGAUGUUGUCAAUAUUCAUCAUCAUAAACAAAAGAAACCCGGUGGUGGGGCAAUCCUAUCUUCACAAUUCCCGGUGGUGGCACCAAAUAAGAAUAUUUCUAGACCUUCUUAUAAAGCCAUAGAUUCUAGACGCGUGGGAAGUAUGAAACGAUUGAUUAUAAAAUCAAAACCGGUGAAGUAUCAUUUAAUCGAUGUUAAUAAGGUGUUUAAUGCCAAGAGAAGAAAAACGGUGGUUGAGAAUGUAGUUACAGCUGAUAAAUUAUUAUCGGAGAAAUAUUUAAGUGACGAAGAUGAAAGUGAUGAUGAUGAAGGUAUGCAAGAAAAUAGGACCUUUUUGAGAUAUCCUUAUAAAGUAAGCACUUCAGAUUCAAAGAAACAAAAUGGAAGUUUUUCAAUUGGUGAUGGUGAACCUGAAGCUGAUAAUGUCAACGGUACUGCCGAAGUCAAGGAAACAAUUGCUACUGAAUCUCAUGAUGGAUAUUGGUCAACACCCACAAUUUCAGAAUUAUGUCUAUACUGUUACCUUCUUAAUAGGUUAAACCUUUUAAAGUAUCAACCUUCUCAUGGAUGUGGACAAAUUGCAUAUAAUUAUCCCGUGGAUUUAACCCAGGUUGUAUUAGAUGCAAAAGAAAAUGGACAAACUUUAGAACAAGAAUUAUUUGGUAAGAUUAUUCAAAUUAGCCCAAAGGUUAUCGUUACUUAUAAAGAUAGUGUGAAACCAAAACCGGGAGCUUCUGCCGCUGAUCAUAUCAAGUUCUUAAAAAGACAAAUUGGAAUGGAAUUUAUUACUUAUGAUCCAAUCACACAUGUCUGGGUAUUCAAAGUGAAACAUUUUAGUAUUUGGGGAUUGGUUGAAGAAGACGAUGAUAAUCAACAUGAUGAAGAAUUAGUGGCAAUGAAACGAAAACAAGAUCUGAAUGAAACACAAGCUUCAAUUGAAUAUUCUCGAAUUUAUGAAAAUGAAAAAUAUAAUCAGGAAUUAAAGAAACAAAAAUUAAAUGAACGGACUAAGAAUAUACCUGGUCGUUGGGAAUAUCAGACUUUACCUCUGGAAAAUCCAUUAAAUAUAAAGAGAAAUUUAGUCACUAAUGAAAUUCUUCAGGAAUUGAAUAGAUAUCAAAAUGAUCAACAAGAGCUUGAAUUAACUGCACAAGUAAGUGAUAUCACCAUUGAUUCUGAACGUGAAGAAUCACCUGCUAGUUUUGCUAAUGGUGGUGAUGGUGAGUACUACCAUCCAAAAAUGGAAGAAAGGGAAUAUGAUUAUUUGAAACAAAUGAUAAGUGUUCUUCCACCAGGUACAGAUAUUGAUGAAAUUGUGGAUGAAAAAGUCUAUGAACCAGAAAUCACUAAUGAUGAUGUCUUUGAUAAUAUACAAAUCAAAUCUGAUCAAGGACACAGACUAUUAACCUUUGAUGAUCUUUUAUUUUCGGAGUUUAAUAAGGAGAGUUUGAAGAGGGCUUCUACUCCACAAAUGACUAGAUUAGAAACUAUUGAAGAUUUGGAUAUGGAUGAAGAGGAAGAAGAUGAGGAUAUUUAUUGUAAUAAUAUUCCUGAUAUUUUUCAUACAUUGUUGGUAAAUUCAACAAUUGUCACUAGAGAUAAUAAAUAUCCUAAAGUUAACGUUACGGAAAAUUUCCUGUUUAAUGACUUGGUUUUCCACCCUGGACAAUUAAAUAAUGAAGAAGAACAAGAAUUAGUUCAAUUGGCAAUUGCAUUAUUUGAUGAUUCUAAGAUCAACCAAGAACUCAGACAAAUUGAUUCUUCUAAUAUUACAUUAUCACAAGUCAUAUCUGAAAACACCAGAAAGGAAUCAUUUGCAAAUUGGUUAAAGAAAUAUAAUCAAAAAUCAAUUAAUCGAUUAUUGGAAUCACAUAAAUCAGACCCAUUAGAACAAGUUUUCAUUCAUUUAUGUGCCGGGAACUUAAAACAAGCAAUUGAAACUGCUCUCGCUACAAAUAAUGAUCAUUUAGCUGUGGUGAUUACCCUUGCUGAUUCGAAUCAUCAUGCAGUCAGAUCUAUUGCUGCUAAUCAAUUGAAUAGCUGGAAAGAAAGGAAUGUGGUUUCACUUAUACCUAAGGCUGUUGUGAAGAUAUAUCAGAUUUUAGCUAGCGAUUUGGACGUUCUUUUGGGUGAUUUGCCUUGGAAUAUCGCAUUAGCGUUGAAAUUAUUCUAUGGAGAUGGAAAUAUGGGAUUGAAGGAUUUGAUCAAUGGAUAUAAGGACAAUCUUCCUGUCCAUCAUCAAGUUGCUGAUGUUUUGAAAUUGUAUGCCAGUUCCAAGAUUGAUUUAUCUAGCAUUUCAUCCAUGAGCAUAAACAAGAAAUUUAAAUGGUUAUUUUGUAAGAUUUUAAUUAGUGGAACUAGUUGUGAUGAUAUUUCAAUUUCUUUUGGUGAUUAUUUACAAUCGGUGAAUUAUUGGAAAGAGGCCAUAAUUGUUUAUUCUCACCUUUCUGAUGAUGGUCAAGCACAAGAAUUAAUCAGAAAUUUAGUGAUAUCCAAAGUAAACUAUAUCAAAUCUAACAAGAUUGACGAAGAAGAAUAUUUGGUUAAGGUAUUAAAAGUCCCACAAGUUGUCAUAUAUGAAGCUAUUGCCAUUGAAAAAAGGUCACUUGGAGAUUUUUGGGGUGAAUGUGAAGCACUCAUCAAAGUUCAAUUAUGGGAAAGGGCUCAUGCAACAAUUGUGGGUAAAUUAGGUCCAAUCACGGUUAUUUCUAAUUCGGAGAAGGAUAUUGUUCAUUUCCUUGAUUUGAUUGAUAAAUUCCCUCAACAGGGAUUAAUUAUACCUAAUUGGAACAUUGGUGCUGGUGUGUAUGCAAAUUAUUUGAAUCUUUUGAAAGAUGAAACGAAUGUAAAAUUGCUUGAAUUCUUGUUGAUAAAUGUGCCACAAGUUAAAGAAAAGUCUGAGUUUAAUCAAAAAGUUGCUUUGAAAUUGAUUUCAAGAAAAGUUGGUGAUUUGGUGAUUGAGAAUGAUAAUGCUGAUAGUGAGAAACAAGAAUCUAUAUCUAAAUUAUAUCUUGGACCGGUGGAGAAACAUUAUUUUGAUAUUAGAUUGUCAUAG